AUCAUCGUUUAUUUCUAUUUGUCCACCGAGAGAACAAAACCAGAGCGAGCGGAGAGAGUACAGGGGAACGUCGGGGAAAAACUCCAAGGCUCGAUUCUUGAGCUACAGUGAUCCAAAAAUCCCGUAAGUAAUACCUAAUUCAUCCAUACAUCGUGAUUUAUCGAUUUAGAGCUUUAAAACGAGUUUUUGGAUCAGGAAUUUCUUGAAUUCUCGAUAAGCUAAAUUAGGGUUUCGGAGUAUCCAGAAGCCGGAUUGAGCCCAAAUUUCAUAUACGAGCUUCCUGCAGUGAGGUAAUCAAUCAUCUAGUUCUAAUCCCUGAAUUUCGGCUAUUAUUUAGGCUGGGGUCCAAACCGUUGAAUUUAGCUCCGGCCAGGGUUUGAUGUGUUUUUAUCAAGAAUUUGACCCGGAGCCUAGAACUAAUAUUGACGGGGAUACUGCAGGGGAUAUUAGGACAGUCUCGAAUUUUAAUUCGGGGUUCGUUCGUGAAAUUGACGUUUUAGUACGGGAAGGUUAAACCGGUGUUCGAACGACCAGAACUGGUGAGGGAUUAGCACGGCAUACCGGGUUUGUCGUAUCACGAUAAUUAUAUUGAUGCUUAGAAUUGACCUAGGUGAACUAGAAUGGCAUGAUUAGGGGUGUAUGGACUUUUGUGCUAUAUGAUGAACCCUGGACUACUGUAUGAUAUUAUUGACUUGCCCUAAUCGAUAUGAACCUUGUUUAUGUGGAUGAUUGCCUACAUGUUGCCAUUUGUGGCUUAACUGUUGAUAUGACUUUAUGGUUGUUCGAUAAGGGUUUUUGACAUGAUGUGAUAUUGUGGUUGUUUUUGGAUUCACAAGUGGGGAAAAUAAACUUCCCAGGGUGAUAUUAUGAUGUUUAAGGAGGAUGACUUGCACGAGGGUUUAUCCCGAGGAAAUGCAAUUAUACGACUCCUGAUUUACCUAUGUUGAGUCAAUUGUGGCCAGGUCAAGUACAUGUGCAAGUAAUGAAUUAUGAUUAAGCAAGAUGAGAUAUGAAUCAUGUAUAAGGAUACCAAUAAUGAGUGUGGUGGUCUCACGGUCAACUACAUAGUAAUUAGGGCUCCCUAUGCUAUUACUCUAUUAUGAUAUGUAUGAUAGUCACACCUCUCAUUUGGUGGUGACUGAAGAAUUCUUAUAAGAUAUGACCACACCCAGAGCGGUGUCGGGGUAUGACUACACCCAUAGUGGUGUGGGGUAUGUAUGACCACAUCCGACGGGAUGUUGGGGUAUGUAUGACUACAUCCGACGGGAUGUGGGGUAUGUUUCCCGGGAGAGUUAUUAGCAUGGGAGUAGCCUGGCGCCUAUAAGUAAAACAUGAUAAGAUGCAUAUGCAUAAGUCAAGGUGGUUGAGUCUUUUGCCUAUUGGGAUGUCGGAGAGCUGAGAUAUGAUCCCAGUGCUUUGGCUUGUUUGCUAGAUGUAUGGUAGGGGUAUGCUCUGUUAUGAACUCACGAUGCUAUGAUUAUCUCACUCAGCUAUGAGCUGACCCUCUUUUAUCCUUCUUCUCUGCUUAUGCUAUGUGUAAGCAGAUCAUCAGCAGCAGCAGUAGAUAAGUGUUAGGUGGGAGAGGAGCUAGAGUUGAAGCCAGGAUGAGGUAUGGUCUUCAACUAUUCUGUGCUUGGACUACUACUCGGGAUUUUGGCCAGUGAUCCACACCUUUUUGUAAAAAUGUUUUGAGAACGUUUUUCAUGUGCAUACUAGCUUCUGAUGUAGUGUGAGAUAUCCACAGGUGUGGAAAGUUGAUGAUAUGUGUAUAUGUUGUGUAACUGUGUAAGUUGUGACGACUAUGACAUGUAUUAGUAAGGUAUGCAGUUGCGGAGUAUGAAACUGUGACUAUGGCUAUGGAAAGCCAAUGCAUAUGGUUGUGAGUAUAUAUGUUUGUGAUGAAUUAUUUUGCAGGAUAAGUUGCAAGAACUAUUAGCCCAUUACGCGAGUAAUUCAUGUCGAAAUUUUAUUUAGGUAAAUUUUGAUAAUUAAUGUAACACCCGAGGUUAAUUCCGCUGCAAUUGUAUGAACAAUAUGAUUAGGCAAAACGUAUAGGGUAGGGUGUUACAGUUUGGUAUCAGAGCCCGGUUCCCUCUUUUUGCUGUUAUGGCGUACUAUACCCUAUGGGAGGUUAAACACUCCUAAGGAGGGGAGUACCCCAUAAUGACUUAAACUGGGAAUUGAGUUUGACAUGAUUAUGUGUAUUGGUAUGUUGGAUGAAAUUAUCUGCAUCAUGGUUUUCAAAAUUGAGUUUUGAACUUCUAUGUUUUCAAAUAAUUAUUUUGGAAAAUUUUUGUUUUAACCAAGUGAGAAAUUUGGUGAGGAAUGAAUUUUGUGUGGAUCAAUCUAAGGCCAAUAUUUCCUUGUAGCUCGCACGGAAGUUGUCAUAAUGUUCCUACUGAUCAGUCGAGAGGAGUGGGGGCGGUUGAUGCAAGACCGCCAGUAUUAGAUUAUGCAAAGAUGAAGAGUUUGGGUGGUAGGGACUUUAAGGGAGAUGUGAGCCCAGAUGCUGUAGUAGAGUGGUUGAGAGAGAUGGAAGAUGUGUUUGAGUAUCUUUAUGCAACCCCAGAGGAAAAAGUGCAAUAUGUUGUUUUUCUCCUAAAGGGGUAUGCGAGGAGCUGGUGGUCCUCAGUCUCUAGAGUUAAUGGUGAACGAGUUCAGUUCACCUGGGAGGAGUUCCUGAAGGCCUUUAAGACAGAGUUUCUUCCCGAAGCUUUUAUCAGGGCAAAGAACAAUGAAUUUGCCAACCUUAAGCAGGAGAAUAUGACAGUUACUGAGUACACCAUCAAGUUUGUUCGACUACUUUACUUUGAGGAUGGGUUGGCGGAUACUGAGCAUAAGAAGAAGAUGAGAUACUUGCAUGGUCUGCGCAUAGGAUUGAAAGAAAAGAUCCACAGGGUUGAUGAAGAGAGCAUGGCCACAAUCAAGGAGGCAGCACUUAAGUAUGAAGCCUAUGAAGUUGAGAGCCGAGAGGAACACAAGGCCAAAGAAGAGGAGAAGAAGAGGAAGUUUGGAGUAAAUUAUGCUGGACCUCGUUACCCACCCAGGAGAGGUCCUAGCAGUUUUGGGAGAACACCGAGUCAAUCUAUGUCAGGAACAUCAUACAGGGCACCAAUUUCCUCAGCCACACAAUUUCCAUUUUGUCAAGUUUGUCAGAAGAGGCAUCCUGGAGAGUGUAGGAGAUUUUCUGGUGUAUGUUUUCACUGUGGCCAACCUGGGCACAUCAUGAGGGAUUGCCCGCAUGCGAGAGAAGUAAGAGCUACACAGUCCGAGCCUUCAGUGCAAAUGAAUAAAGCCCCAUUCAGGGGUGGUUACCAGGGAGGCCGUAGUGGAUUUCAGAGUGGUCGUGGUGGUUCACAGGGUGGUAGAAGUGGUGGUCGAAAUCAACCAUCAGGAAGUGGUACGCAGGGUACCAGAGCACAGGGAGCACCGAGGGUUUAUGCAAUGACUCGAGGUGAGGCAGAAGUGGCACCAGAAGUUGUGACUGGUAUGCUUUCUAUCCUUGGCAAGCAAUUAUAUGCUUUGAUCGAUACUGGUUCCUCUCACUCAUUCAUGUCAUAUACGUUUGCACAUAUGCUACGCUUAGUUCCAGAUAAGCUAGGUUAUACCUUAUGUGUUAAAACGCCUGUGGGAGAUACCUUGAAGGUAGAUUCAGUUAUUAGAAGUUCCUUCAUUUGUGUGGAAGGAGCUUUCCUAGCAGCAGAUUUAAUUCUGCUACCUUUUGAUGAAUUUGAUGUCAUCCAUGGAAUGGACUUUCUGGCAACACAUGGAGCUGUUGUGGAUUGUCAAAAGAAAGAAGUGUUAUUCAACACACCAGAUAAAGGUCCUGUUGUAUUCCGAGGCAUUAAGAAAAAGGAGACUCAUGGUUUUCUUUCUGCCUUGGAAGCUUUUCGGUUAGUGAAGGAAGGUUGUGAAGCCUUUCUUGCUCAAGUUACUGUAGUAAAUGAUAAGAAGGUUGAGGAUGUAGAGGUGGUAAGGGAAUUUCCUGAUGUAUUCCCUGAAGAACUUCCCGGCCUUCCACCAGAAAGGGAAGUAGAGUUUGAUAUUGAAUUGGUACCUGGCACAACACCAAUUUCAAUGGCACCAUAUAGAAUGGCACCAAUUGAGCUGAAGGAGCUUAAAGAACAAUUGCAAGAAUUGUUAGACAAGGGGUUUAUUCGACCUAGCAUCUCACCUUGGGGUGCACCGGUUUUGUUUGUCAAGAAGAAAGAUGGCUCCAUGAGAAUGUGCAUUGACUACCGGAGGUUGAAUAAGGCGACAGUGAAGAAUCGUUAUCCCCUUCCAAGAAUAGAUGAUUUGUUUGAUCAAUUGCAGGGUGCAUCAGUCUUUUCUAAGAUUGAUUUGAGGUCUGGAUACCAUCAAUUGAAAGUGGCAGAUGGGGCAACCUCAAAGACAGCUUUUAGAACAAGAUAUGGGCAUUAUGAGUUCCUGGUAAUGCCUUUUGGACUCACUAAUGCACCAGCGGUAUUUAUGGCUCUUAUGAACAGAGUUUUCCAUGAAUAUCUUGAUAAGUUUGUGAUUGUGUUCAUAGAUGAUAUUCUCAUCUAUUCUAAAAGCGAGGAGGAGCACAAAACUCACCUUAGAAUUGUGUUGCAAAUUCUAAGGGAGAAACAGUUAUAUGCAAAAUUCUCAAAAUGUGAGUUUUGGCUGAAGGAGGUAAUAUUUCUGGGACAUGUAAUUUCUGGAAGAGGUGUCGAGGUGGAUCCGAAAAAGGUGGAAGCAGUGGUGAGUUGGACUCCACCAAAAGAUGUGUCGGAGUUGAGAAGUUUUCUUGGCAUGGCUGGUUAUUAUCGGCAGUUUGUCGAAGGAUUUUCUAAAAUUGCUGCACCAUUGACUAAACUGUUGAGGAAGAAUACUAAGUAUGUUUGGGAUGAAUCAUGUCAAAAGAGUUUUGAUGAACUGAAAAAGAGAUUGACCACAGCACCAGUACUUGCACUACCUUCAAGUCAGGGAGAGUUUGUGGUGUAUAGUGAUGCCUCGUAUCAAGGAUUGGGCUGUGUGUUAAUGCAAGAUGGAAGAGUUAUCGCAUAUGCCUCUAGGCAAUUGCAUCCUCAUGAAGUAAAUUAUCCCACUCAUGACUUAGAAUUGGCAGCGGUGGUAUUUGCUCUCAAGAUUUGGCGACAUUAUUUGUAUGGUGAGACUUUUAAAAUUCUAACUGAUCACAAAAGCUUGAAGUAUAUUAUGGAUCAGAAGGAUUUAAAUAGUCGCCAGAGGAGAUGGAUAGAGUUGUUGAAAGAUUAUGAUUGUACCAUUGAUUACCAUCCAGGUAAAGCUAAUGUAGUUGCUGAUGCUCUGAGCAGAAAGGGGAAGAAGAAUAUAAAUGAUCUGGUUGAUUUGAGGGCAAUGAAUGUGGAUUUGGAAGUGGAUGGUGUGACAGGGUUACUAGCUCGGUUGAACAUUCGACCUUUGUUGCACGACAAAAUUCGUGAGAAGCAGAAGGAGGACCCAGAGUUGGUAAAAAUCAUUCAAGACAUUGAGGAAGGAAAAGAAAGCCCAUUUGAAAUGGUAGAUGGCAUGUUGAAGAUUAAUGGAAGAGCAUGUGUUCCUAAUGUUGAUAACUUGAGGAAAGAGAUCCUAGAUGAAGCUCAUUCUUCUGCUUAUGCUAUGCACCCAGGAGCAACUAAAAUGUAUCACACGAUCAAACCAUAUUUUUGGUGGCGUGGGAUGAAAAAGGAAGCGGCUGAACAUGUUUUCACAUGUCUAGUAUGUCAAAAAGUUAAGGCAGAACAUCAAGCUCCUGUGGGAAAACUGCAACCACUUCCAAUUCCAGAAUGGAAGUGGGAAAGAAUCACAAUGGAUUUUGUAUAUGGUCUCCCAUCAUCAAGGGGAAAAGAUGCAGUAUGGGUUAUUGUGGACCGACUGACCAAAUCGGCUCACUUUUUACCCAUUAGGUGGAAACCAUCACUGGAGACUUUGUCUCAACUAUAUAUUAAGGAGAUCAUCAGAUUGCAUGGUGUGCCAAUUUCUAUUGUCUCUGAUCGAGACCCGAGCUUCACAUCUCGGUUUUGGCAAAGUUUACAUGAUGCCUUGGGAACUAAACUACAUUUUACUUCAGCUUAUCAUCCUCAAACAGAUGGGCAGAGUGAACGAACCAUCCUUACCUUAGAAGAGUUACUUCGAUCAUGUGUAAUGCAAUGGGAGGAAUCAUGGAUUGACCAUUUGCCCUUAAUUGAGUUUGCUUACAACAACCAGUACCAUAGUAGUUUGGGUGUUCCACCAUAUGAAGCACUUUAUGGGAGGAAGUGUAGAACACCAUUAUGUUGGGAUGUAGAAGGAGCAAGGCAAAUCUCAGGGCCAGAGAUAGUUCAGAUCACAGUUGAUAAGGUCAAGGAAAUCAGGGAGCGUUUGAGGGUGGCUCAAGACGACAGAAAGUUUAUGUUGACACGAAUAGGCGUGAAGUUAAUUUCGAAGUGGGUGAGAAAGUAUUUCUCAAAGUGUCACCAUGGAAAGGGGUGAUGAGAUUUGGUAAGAAAGGAAAGCUGGCACCUCGAUAUAUUGGGCCAUAUGAAAUCACAGAGAAGAUUGGACCCGUAGCAUAUAAACUAGCAUUGCCUCCAGAGCUAUCCCAAAUCCACAAUGUAUUUCACGUUAGUAUGCUGAAGAGGUACAGAGUGGAUCCUUCCCAUGUUAUACAACCAGAGGAGAUCGAGUUGGGUCUAGAUUUAACUUUUGAGGAGGUUCCAGUUGAGAUUGUUGAUUACCAGAUUAAGAAUCUUCGUAGGAAGGAAAUCCCAAUGUUGAAAGUGGUUUGGAGAAAUCAAGAAAGUGAGAGUGCUACCUGGGAAACUGAAGCAAGUAUGCGAGAGAAGUACCCUGAGUUGGUAGCAACCUACUUUGCAGGUUAACAAUCUUGCCUAAUGAGUUAUGUUUUGAACUUGCUGAUGUGUUUUUGUUGUGAUAGCCCAGUAUAGGUUCUUGAGACCUAAACAUGGGAACAUGAGGUGUUAUGUGUUUAGUUAUGUAAUUCAGAUCUCCUAACCUAAGAGUUAGGUAGUAACAAGAUUUGUGAUAGUGUAGGUUAGGGGGGGAACGAGCGGAUAUGUACUAUCGACUCAAGGUUAGAUUUCGGGGACGAAAUCUUUUAAGGAGGGGAGAAUUGUAACAUCCCAUUCCGGCAAAACCCAUAUUUCGAUCGCUAGAAAGUUCGCGAUUUAAAAUCGAGCAUUUCGACACUAUUUCGACAAAAAUCGGAUUAUCGAUCGAUCGGAUAAGUAUACGUAUUAAUUAUAUAUAUAUAUAUUAAGCGGCCGGGCCGCAUAUAUAUUAAUUCCCUGUCCAUUAAUUCUCACCAUCAUCAUCGUUUAUUUCUAUUUGUCCACCGAGAGAACAAAACCAGAGCGAGCGGAGAGAGUACAGGGGAACGUCGGGGAAAAACUCCAAGGCUCGAUUCUUGAGCUACAGUGAUCCAAAAAUCCCGUAAGUAAUACCUAAUUCAUCCAUACAUCGUGAUUUAUCGAUUUAGAGCUUUAAAACGAGUUUUUGGAUCAGGAAUUUCUUGAAUUCUCGAUAAGCUAAAUUAGGGUUUCGGAGUAUCCAGAAGCCGGAUUGAGCCCAAAUUUCAUAUACGAGCUUCCUGCAGUGAGGUAAUCAAUCAUCUAGUUCUAAUCCCUGAAUUUCGGCUAUUAUUUAGGCUGGGGUCCAAACCGUUGAAUUUAGCUCCGGCCAGGGUUUGAUGUGUUUUUAUCAAGAAUUUGACCCGGAGCCUAGAACUAAUAUUGACGGGGAUACUGCAGGGGAUAUUAGGACAGUCUCGAAUUUUAAUUCGGGGUUCGUUCGUGAAAUUGACGUUUUAGUACGGGAAGGUUAAACCGGUGUUCGAACGACCAGAACUGGUGAGGGAUUAGCACGGCAUACCGGGUUUGUCGUAUCACGAUAAUUAUAUUGAUGCUUAGAAUUGACCUAGGUGAACUAGAAUGGCAUGAUUAGGGGUGUAUGGACUUUUGUGCUAUAUGAUGAACCCUGGACUACUGUAUGAUAUUAUUGACUUGCCCUAAUCGAUAUGAACCUUGUUUAUGUGGAUGAUUGCCUACAUGUUGCCAUUUGUGGCUUAACUGUUGAUAUGACUUUAUGGUUGUUCGAUAAGGGUUUUUGACAUGAUGUGAUAUUGUGGUUGUUUUUGGAUUCACAAGUGGGGAAAAUAAACUUCCCAGGGUGAU